UCAUGGGCCGACCAGAGCUGGCCUUGUGAUUCCCACAUUCGGCUGUGGCUCUAAUAACUACUAUUGUCUCUUAUUAAUUGUUGUGGCGUAUGUUGCUGCGUGUUCUUCACUGCCCAAUCUGUGCCUACUCCUAGAAUACCUUUCUUUCAUUCUCACUUCCAACUUUCAACCUCUUUCUUGCUAUAUCCUCGCAUCUCUGCUCAACUGUUGUUUCCAUUUGACAAAAAAAAGUUAAAAAUUCUGAGAUGGCUUCAAUAGUAGUAGCUAAGCUGCAUCCUCCUUCGCUGGCCAUCAGUGGAAGACAAACCCCUUUCGGAAUUGUUCAGACAUCUACUCUUUCUGUCCCCAUAACAAGACAAGGUCAUCCGGCCAUCACAGCAAAGGCUACGAGUGAAAGUUCUGAAUCCCCGAGUGUUGUUACAUCAAUAAAGAAUAUUUGGGACAAGCCUGAAGACCGGAUUGCUGUAAUUGGGUUGGGAAUUGCUGCUAUUGUUGGUUUGUGGGCUUCUUUGAAUCUUAUUACGGCAAUCGACCACCUGCCUCUCGUUCCAAGUGUGUUUGAAUUCGUUGGGAUAUUGUUUUCGUCUUGGUUCGUCUACAGAUACCUCUUAUUCAAGCCUGACAGGAAAGAAUUGUUUCAAGCGAUCAAUAAAUCAAUAUCAGAUAUCUUGGGCCAGUGAUCUGAAGAUAAUAGGAUGAUACAAUUCUGGCUGUACUUCUGUAUCCAAGCAUGAAGCAUUGCCGAAUAAUUUUACUGGUGAAAUGAUAUUGCACAAAUGAGCAACUUGUACUCUGAAAAAGCAAUAGGCGAAGUCGGAAUCAGUCUCACUGAUCAAAUUAUGUAAUUGCAUCUCAAAAGGAAGCUUUUUUUCAUUGACUGCGAUGUCUUACAUCUAUAAUUUGUUCAAUACCUUUUGCCAACAUAAAGUAGAGUACUUUCACCA